GUGACGUCAUCACUAAUGGCCGCUUCCUGAUGACGAGUGCUAUGCUAGUCUCAGUGAUUUUAGCCCAGAAAAAAUGGUGCUGACAGAAAAUGAGAACUUUAUUUUUCGGCUGAAAGGCGUUUUGGAGUUCUUCUGCCAGAUUGAGAGUGCUAAUGGAGCGCACGGACAGAGCUCCAUCUCCAAAGCCUUCCAGGUUCUCCGCUCCAGAGUCUCGUCUGAGGGUCUGGUGUUCAUGGUGUGCAACAGCGCUGUCCUCCUGUGGCCCAACAAGGCUUCACGGUCCACUGUGGAGAACGUGAGCGCCGAAACACCAUGCAGAGAUCUCCAGCAGCACGUAGAGCAGGGAGAUGGACCGAACAGGAAGUCUUCAAAAAGACGGGAUAAAAGAGACGCCAGUCCUACUGUGGUAAACCUGAAGCUGAUGAUGGACGUCACCGAGUCGGGAGACAGCGCCGCGCUGAGUCUGUACAGCGUGACGAAGAAGCAGCGGUGUGUGACGAUGCCUCUCUGCAUGGACUGCGUGAUCAACGCAAGCGGCAGCGACUCUCUCGGAUCUGUUUGUUCAGGCCUGGUGGUGGCGCUGCAGGCCCAGCUCUCAGACAUGGAGCAGACAGUGAUCAGGUACAGGAAGGACGACGCUCUGCCCGUCCCUCAGGCCUUUCACUUCCUGCUGCCUCCAUCUGAUCGACUGAAAACUGUCAUUUAUCCUGCAGGAGAGACGGACGACCAGCUGCUGUCUGUCAGAGAGGAGCUGCACAGGAGGCACGACGUGCCCGGUGGCCGGCCGUGCUUCCGGCGCGCCAACGCCUUCCACUUCCCGGAUGAACCCUAUAAAGACGGCUACCUGCGCAAUCCACACACACACCUCAGCGCUCCCAGUGUAGAGGACGCCAAGGUGUACGCGGUGCGCGGCGUGUACAGUUAUCAUCACUACAUGCAGGACCGGGUGGACGAUAACGGCUGGGGUUGUGCCUACCGCUCACUGCAGACCAUCUGCUCGUGGUUCCAGCAGCAGGGCUACACCGACAGAACCGUCCCCACACACAAGCAGAUACAACAGGCUCUGGUGGAUGUAGGUGAUAAGGAAGCUCCCUUCGUUGGUUCUCGUCAGUGGAUCGGCUCCAUCGAGGUGCAGGCCGUGCUCAGUCAGCUGCUGGGAGUCACCUCCAAGAUCAUGUUCGUCAGUCGUGGAUCUGAGCUAGCUUCCAAAGGCAGAGAGCUGGCCAACCACUUCCUGACCGAGGGCACACCCAUCAUGAUCGGAGGGGGCGUCCUGGCACAUACCAUCCUCGGCGUGGCCUGGAGCGAGACCAGCGGGCAGAUCCGCUUCCUCAUCCUGGACCCGCACUACACGGGAGGAGAGGAUCUACAGACCGUCACUGACAAGGGCUGGUGUGGAUGGAAAGGACCUGAUUUCUGGGAUCAGAAUGCCUACUACAACCUCUGCCUUCCCCAGACACCGAAAACCAUCUGAGAGAAGCGACAUGCCACGCCCGUCUGACGAGAACGAUUUACUCGAGAGACUUUACAACACAAAAACACAGCAGAUGCCAUUCCUCCAUUGCUCAGCACUGUAUCAUGUCGUGUAUUGUGUACUGUAAUGUUGUUGAUGUCUUUUUAAGACUUGGUGGUAAUAAAUUGAUUUCCUGAGCAA